AUGGUGGUGAACGUGUGGCCGUUUCUCGAGGCCAAUAGCCGGGCAUGGGAGGUGCUGAGACGUGGCGGGUCCGCACUGGACGCGGUGGUGGAAGGAUGUAACGUGUGUGAGGUGCUUCAAUGCGAUGGAUCAGUGGGGUAUGGAGGAAGUCCGGACGAGAAGGGGGAAACAACACUCGAUGCCAUGGUCAUGGAUGGGGACUCCAUGGACGUGGGGGCAGUGGCUGGCCUGCGCCGAGUCAAGGCGGCAGUGCGGGCGGCCUAUCUUGUCCUUUUGCACACGUACCACUCGCUGCUGGUCGGCGACGCAGCAACCGAUUUCGCCCUGGAAAUGGGCCUGCCCGGCCCGGAAAACCUCUCCACCAAUCGCUCGCUCGCCAUCUGGCGCCAAUGGAAGGCCGCCAGCUGUCAGCCCAACUACUGGCGCAACGUGGCUCCUGAUGCUGCCCGCUCCUGCGGGCCCUACCGGCCCGCUCCAGAAGCAUCUGCUUCCGAACCACGUGGUGGUGAAACAGCCGAGCCUCAGGGGGGCGAAGCAGGUGCUGCACCUGGUGCCGGACCUGGUGGUGCCGGACCUGGUGGUGGCGCACCUGGUGCCGGACCUGCCACAGGAGCUGGUGCCGGACCUGGUGGUGCCGAACCUGCAACCGGACGUGGUGGUGUGAGCGUGGUGGGGUGUGAUCCCAGCCUUGUUGGCAGGCAGCAGCAAGGGUCGUUGAGGAGCACAAGGCGGAUGGCAUCGCACGACACCAUCUCCAUGGUCGCCAUAGCUCAGGUGGGGCGCGGUGGGGCGCGGUGGGGUGCGGUGCGGGUGGGUGAUGCACCCAUAGCGGGGGCAGGAGCAUAUGUGGACUCUAGAGUGGGGGGGUGUGGGGCAACAGGCGAUGGUGACGUUAUGAUGAGGUUCCUGCCAUGCUUCCUAGCAGUCGAGCUCAUGCGAAUGGGCUCUACUCCAGCUUCGGCUGCCGAAGCUGCCAUCAGUCGCAUCCGAGCCAAAUUCCCAACCUUUGUGGGAGGCUUGGUGGCGGUCAACAGGUUCGGGGAGCAUGGAGCAGCAGUGAACAACUGGGUGCUACAGUACACUGUAGCUUCGCCUCUAACUGAUGGUACACCAAGAGUGUUUACGGUUCAUCCCAAGUGUUGA